UAACGCUCUAAAGGGGCGUGGCUAGCAGUGCCUCGCCGCCCGCGCCGCUGUCACCGCCGCUUCUGCCUCUGGUUGGGAAGAUGACUGUGGGGAGGUCUGCCGGAGCCCCCGAGUGCGCGGAGUGGAGCCGUGAGAUAUUUCCCCCCAAAUCCUCCUCAGACACUGAGCCAGAAGAUGAGCUGUCUGGAGAAGGACUGCUUUUGCCCAGAGCUGGCAAACUCCAUGAGUUCCUCAGCCCAGAGGAGGAGACAGAUUCUUCUUCUGACUCCACUGGGAGCUUUUACAGGACCUUACAGGUUCGAAAGCAGAAAGGAAGCUGGAGUCUAGUGGGGUCUCCCUUUCCAUCUGACCCGGACAGUGAUCAGAAUGGCUCUGAAGAUGAGGAAGACUUGGAGAGUUUCUUCCAAGACAGGAGCAGGGGGAAACCACAGGUCCAGGACCCUUCACCUCUCAGCACUGCUUUCUCCUCCAGGUGUGGCUCCAUGAGGCGCUGCAGCUCCAUGACCAGCCUCCCCUCUGACAUUCCCAAGGUUCAGAUCCUGCCAACCUCAGACUCUGGGCCUCCCUCCCAGCACAGAAGUGUUUCCUCCUGGGCAUCCUCCAUCACUGUCCCUCAACCCUUCCGCAUGACACUGCGUGAGGCCCGGAAGAAGGCCCAGUGGCUGGCCUCACCUGCCUCCUUUGAGCAGGAGAGGCUGCAGGCCCAGAAACAGGGCCAGGAGGAGGCAGAGUGCUACCGGCAGUUCCGGGCCCAGCCUGUGCCCGCGCACGUCUACCUCCCACUCUACCAGGAGAUCGUGGAGCGCAGCGAGGCACGGAGGCGUGCAGGGAUCCAGAAGAGGAAGGAGCUGCUUCUCUCCUCCGUGAAGCCCUUCAGCUUCCUUGAAAAGAAAGAGCAGCCAAAGGAAGCUGCUCCACAGAGAGACUCGGCUGCAGUGGCUCAGGCCAAGGUCCCCCUAAAGAAGGCCACUAGAAGGAUUCCCAAGGCCAUUCUGGAACCAGCCCUUGGGGACAAACUCCAGGAAGCGGAGCUCCUCCGGAAAAUUCGAAUCCAGAUGCGAGCCAUGGACAUGCUCCAGAUGGCUUCGUCCCCUAUCAGCACCUCCAGCAGCCGCGCUCCCCGCACCGCUGCCCGCACCCAGGAGGAAAAGCUGAGCUUUCUACAGACCGAGUUCGGAUUCCAGCCGCGGGUGAACUCUGUGGUCCCUGACUACGAGGGCCUUUACAAGGCUUUCCAGAGAAGAGCGGCCAAGAGAAGAGAGACCCGGGAGACAACUCGAAACAAGCCCUUCCUGCUCCGGACUGCCAACCUGUGCCACACUCCGCGGUCCUGUGAGGCCACUGCUGCUGGAGGAGGGAGGAUGGGGACCCAGAAGUCCCCUCGGCCAGCAGCUACACCCCUGCCAAGGAGUCGUUCUCUGAGUGGCCUUGCUUCCUUCUCUGCCAACACCCUCCCUGUGCACAUUCCAGAUGCCACCAGGAAGAGGGAGUCUGCAGUCCGAAUGUCACUUGAAAAAAAGGACAAACCAGACAUUCAGUGGUUGGAGAUGCACAAAAAGAACUGUCAAGCCAUGUCUAAAUCUGUGACCUUGCGGGCAAAAGCCAUGGAUCCCCAUAAAAGUCUGGAAGAGGUGUUCAAAGCGAAGCUUAAAGAGAACCGGAACAAUGACCGUAAAAGAACAAAGGAGUAUAAGAAUGAGCUGGAGGAAAUGAAGAGAAGAAUACAAACAAGGCCCUACCUCUUCGAGCAAGUUACCAAGGUUGGGAGCCCAGGUGAUAAAAGGCACAGGCACAGGGACAUUCUCUUCGAUUCCGGGCCAUCAUGACAUGCACAGCCUCUGCCAUAUGCUUCCCCCUCCAUACUGUUCAGAAGGUCAAAGUGACAGGGGCAAGGGACCGUGGACUCAGACUUCUGCAACCACAAGCCAAAAUAAGUAUUUCUCUUUUUUUUUUUUGAGACAGGAUUUCUCUGUGUAGCUUUGGUGCCUGUCCUGGAUCUUGUUCUGUAGACCAGGCUGGCCUCAAACUCACAGAGAUCUGUGUGUGGCUCUGCCUCCCAAGUGCUAGGAUUAAAGGCAUGUGCCACCGCCCACCUGGCUUCUUUUCUCUUUCUAAAAUGUAAAGACAUUUGAGACAGGGUUUCUCUUUAUGUAGCUCAAGCUGACCUAGAACUCACUGAGCCCAGGCUGGACUUGACCCCACCACCCUCCUGCCUUAACCUCCCCUGAUCUGGGAUUACAGACGUGCACCACCACACCCGGUUUUUACAUUGCUUCUGUCAGGCAGUUAGUUAAUGACAAGGGCUAUUUGCUUUUUUAAAUUUUGUUUAUCUUUCAUUUCACAUGCAUUGGUAUUUAACCUGCAUGUAUGUCUGUGUGAAGAGCGUCAGAGUUACAGACAGUUGUUAGCUGCCAUGUAGGUGCUGGGAAUUGAACCCGGGUCCUCUGGUAGAGCAGUUGGUGCUCUUAACCGCUGAGCCAUCACUCCAGCCCCGGGUUAUUUGCUUUAUUAAUGCCAUUUUACUCCAAAUAUAGGUCCUUAAAGGUCAGGGUGCUUUUAAGCACCCCACAAAGUUCUUUCCAGAUUAAGUGGCUUUCCAGCUGACAAAUUCAUUUGAAAACUUUCUCUGGACUUUAAGAGCUCAAUUCAAUUAAGAUCUCCUGAAAGAAGCUCUGGAGCCCUUGAACACCCAGAGACCUGCCCCAGGCAGUUAAGUGCUGUGUCUGGCUCCGUGGUUCACUGUGGGCAAGAGCUCCAUCAUACAACAUGUGUGAUAUUCCUAGGUAAUGGUGGGUCUCCUGCUGCAGAUGCCCCUCCCCCAUGCUGGACCAUCUAGACUUUACUUAGGCUGACCUCUUUAGGUUCAUUUUUGUCAAGUAAGCCUAUUCUUCUUUUCCCAACAGACCUUUCCACAUUCUAGAACAAAAUACAAACAGUCUGUGGUUUUGUUCUUGAAUACACAAAACAAGACAGGCUUCUUCUAGCUCUCUGCAAAACAGAGAGGCUGCUAAAUAUUUGUAAUAUGUUAGUCUUCCUGAUGAUGAUUUGGUGCUUUUCAAGGUGUGGCUCUAAAGUUAAUUAACAGUGACACCUCUCAGAAGUGUUAGAACACAGACUUGUAGGCCCCAUCUGAGACUAAAUGAAAACCUGCUUUUGAACAAGAUCCCCAUGGGACGGACUCCUUUACCAACUAUGGCUAUAAAAUAAGGCUCUAAGGAAAUUUUGUGCCAACUUUGGUCUAGCACUGAAGGUGGGGGGUGGUGGCAGGGGCAUUAUUCUAAAGACUGAUUACCCAGGUAACUCAGAAUCACAAUUCGAAAGACUGCUGCAGUCAGCCGGC